ACGAGGUAGAUCUGGCAGUGAUAUUUGUAUUAACAAAUAUUGUGGUAAUUCUCACUGGCCAUAAAUUAAAAUAGCAAAUUCUGCACUCGUUUGGUACUUUACUAUGAACCUCCUGUACCUAAUAAUGUGGCCACUGAGUGCAUGCCCGGGAUCUUCUGCUGCUUUCCCCGUCCGCUUCAAUGCUGACCACUGCGCUGUAUUGGCUGGUAUUCGAUAAAGACGGGGAUUUUAUUGUAUUCGCUGUUAUUUAGAUGAAGGAGAGGAGAUUUUAUCCACUAGUGGUUAGAUAAAUGAACUGAGCCUUUGCUGGGGACACUGAACAUCACGCGGAGACUAGACAGGAAUGUGGAGAACAUGUUUGCUGCUGUAGGGGGAGAUGAAACAGGUGAAGAUAGAUGAGGUUAUUUUACUGAGGUGGAACUAGUGUGUCUUUGGAAUUCUCUUCCUCAAAGGGAAAGAGAAGCAGAGCUUUCUUUCAAUGUGUUUAAUUCCACUGAACACAGAUUAUUGACAGUCAAGGGAAUGAUUUGUUCCAGGCGGUCGCAGGGAUGUGUCACUGAGAUCGCAGUGCGCCUGCGAUCAUAAAGAAUGGCGGAACAGGACAGAGGGAGCGAAUGUCCUAUAACUAUUUCAACAUGCCAGCAGCGCAGUCUGAGAGAUCAGAGAAAAAGUGAAUUUAAUGUCUGGUGUUUCUCCAUCGAUCUCAGACGAGGAACGGUUGAUGUAUUUGUAAAAUAAGUGCGAUGCCAGGCAAAUUCGCCAUCGGGAAAUAAUCAUAAUUUCUUAUGAUUCUACUGAGACAUGGUAGCUUGUUUCCAGAAAGUGAGUAAUAAACUGAAAGGGAAGGGCGUUCUAUCUUGCUGUUGAAUUUCACCGGUUGUUAUCUCUGGGAGUUGGUUAUCUCGGCACAGUUGCUCCCCAAUCGGCCCAUUACUGUAAUGGUACAACUGCGGCCUUCUGUUAAAACUGGCUUUCUAAACAAGCUGACAUUGACUUACCUCCUUCAGGCAGCACUUACAGAAUGCCCAGUGUUAAAAAAAAAACUCCAAAUGCAUAAUAUUUUACAAGAGUUGACAGCGCCCUUCCUUCUCUUCUCUCUGUGCAAUAAACCCACAGCGAUCUUUGCCCUGAGCUGUCGCUGGAGUUUAUAAUCUGACAAUAAACCGGUCCCAAGGUGAACAAUAAAUUAAAGCGACGACACCAGCAGAACCGAUCCAGGAUGCGGGUUGGGCUCCCUCCUGGGGCAGAUCAGAUUUUCGAGACAAAGCAUAAAAAUCUGACCAGAACUGUCCUCAAAAUGGAUAACGGAGCGAGCAGUGGAGGAGUUCCAGUGAUGUCAACAUCGGGAAAGGACACGGGUCCGAGCUCAGCGAUCACCGAGCUCCUGGCAGGCUGGAAUGAUUCCCAGCUGCUGCAGCUGACGGAUUUCUACCGGGACAGGCUGGAGCAGGCGAUGGAAGGAGGGGUGCACGGAGUGAGCCUGGCGUUAACGGCCGAGAAUCAGUUCAGUGGAGAGGAACAUCGGAAAAUCUCUGAUCUCGCUGAUAAGGGAGAGCGGGCGGACAGCUCUAAACUCCUCCUGAGCCUGGUGAUGGAGAAAGGCUCCCACGCCCGGAGGGUGAUGUGGGAAACCUUUGUGAAAAUGCGGAAUUGUGUCCCAAAUUUGGAGAAAAUACUGAAGGAAGUACAGAUAUAUGGUUGUGAUCCCUCCCAUCGACCAAUUCCCGCUCAACUUUUACUAGAGUUUCUCAGUGAGCUGAAAGAUGUUCAACAGAAACACAAGGAGACUCUGCGGGUACAAACUGAAUCACUGAGAGUCAACACGAUCCUGAUGAGGGAGAAGGUGAAGGUUUUCCAGCUGGUUGAUCGAUACGCUGAGCUCACGGUCAUUUCUACUGUUAGAGAUCGGAGACUGGUGGAACAUGAGCUGCUGGCAAGAGGCAGAGACCACGAGGAGUGGAGAGAGGAACAUCUCCACAGAGAGCUGGAAAAAAUCCGGACUGAUCAGCUGUUCCAGAGCAGCUUUUCCCGGAGUAAAUCCAAAUCUGGGAGUUCGGCAGCAGUGGCCGGAGUCCCGGGGGUCGGGAAAACAACAAUGGUACAAAAGAUUGUUUAUGACUGGGCCACAGGGAAAAUAUACCAACAGUUCCAGUUUGUCUUCAGUUUCAAAUUCCGGGAUUUAAACACAUUCACUUGUCAAAUAAACCUGAGGGAACUGAUUCUGGAUCAGUAUCCUUACUUUGGGAAUUUGCUCGGAGAGGUCUGGAAGAACCCAGAGGGAUUGCUGUUUAUAUUCGAUGGUUUGGAUGAAUUCAAUGACAAAAUUGAUUUUGCUGACAGUCGGAGAGACACAGAACCUCGGUCCACAUGCACAGAUCCUGAAUUCAAGUGCAAGGUGUCUGACAUUGUGUACAGUUUAAUCCAGCACAAGCUGCUCCCAGGGUGUUCAGUGCUGGUGACCACCCGUCCCACUGCGUUACAUUUAUUGGAAAUGGCAGAGAUCAGUGUCUGUGCUGAAAUCCUGGGAUUUGUUGGGAAGGAACGGGAGGAGUAUUUCAUCAGGCAUUUUAAAGAUCAGACGGUGGCAGCAGCUGUUUUCAAACACGUGAAGGAGAACGAGAUCCUGUACACCAUGAGCUACAACCCCUCCUACUGCUGGAUCCUCGCUCUGGCACUGGGCCCCUUCUUCACACAAAGAGUCAGGAACCCGCAGCGAGUUCCCAAGACCAUCACCCAACUGUACUCCUACUAUAUUUACAACAUCCUGAAAAACCAUGGCCGUAAGAUUGAGAAACCCCGUGAUGUGUUUCUCAGUCUUGGUCAGAUGGCCUUCAGAGGAGUGUCCCAGAAGAAAAUUGUGUUUACAGAUGGAGAUUUGAUCAAAUAUAAUCUGCAGCCUUCCCAGUUCCUGUCCGGGUUCCUGAUGGAGCUUUUGGAGAGAGAGGAUUCUGCCCGGUGUGUGGUGUACACAUUCCCACACCUCACCAUCCAAGAGUUUGUAGCUGCUAUCGCACAAUUCCUGAAUCUACAUCCCGAGGAUAUCCUGAAAUUCCUCACUGAAGCCCACAGCACGACAGAUGGGCGAUUUGAGGUAUUUCUCCGUUUUGUUGCUGGUCUCUCCAACCCAAUGACAGCUCGGGGCCUGGAGGAGUUUCUGGGCCCAUUUCCUCAUCAAACAACCUGCCGGGUGAUUGACUGGGUGAAGGAGGAGGUUAAACGUCAGAGUGGAAACACAUGGAGUGAAGCUGGUAGAAGGAGCCUCCUGAACACAUUGCACUACCUGUUUGAAUCUCAGAAUCGUGGACUGGCUCAGGCCACACUGGGAUCUGUGGAAACACUUUCAUUCAGUGGAAUAACACUAACCCCGAUUGACUGUGCUGUCCUGUCUCAUGUCAUCGGACUCUGUGAUACAAUAAAACACCUCAAUCUGGAGAGAUGCAACAUUCAGUGUGAAGGAAUCCAGCGGCUGGGACCCGGGCUGCACAAGUGCCAGGAUUUAAGACUGAGUGGUAAUGAACUGGGAGAUUCAGGAGUGAAACUGGUGUCCGUGGCUCUGAGGAACCCGGAGUGUAAAAUACAGAAACUGGGGCUGUGGAAUGUCGAUCUCACAGAUUCUGGUGCCGAGGAUCUCGUCUCCGCUCUGAGUACAAACCCAUCACUGACGGAGCUGGAACUGGGAUCAAACUCGCUGACAGACAGAUCUGUCCCUGCUCUCCAUCGCCUCAUACUGACCCUCCCGAGUCUGGAGCGGAUCGAUCUGUGGUUGAAUCGGUUCAGUGAGACCGGGGAGGAGGAACUGAGAUCUCUGCAGGAACCCAGACCCGGACUGACAGUGACCGUGUGAACAUCUGAAUGUGUGAACAUUCCCGCCCGCGGGAUGCCGACAUUUUGGCCGAUUCCCCGCCCUCCCCUUUAACUCCCCGCCCCCCACCUUCCCCUUACCUUUAAU